AUGUCGCGAUUGCCGCAUGUCUGCGGUCUCUGUUUGCUGCUGAGAUUUUGGCAGCUUUUGGCCUUGGCCCCAUUCCGGCUGGGUGGAACUGGUCAGCGAUGGGUGACCUUGAUUGCGCUCCUCAGAUUGCUCCUACUCACAGCAAUGGCCCCCUUGGUGCUGUGGAAAAGUGCCGCCAUGUACGAGGCCACUAAUGUGCGCCACUCGACGGCCUUUAAGACCAUAGCUCUGGCCACCAUGACGGGUGAUGUCUGCAUUGCCCUAGCUCUCUUGGCCAGCCACCUUUUGCAUCGCCGGGAGUUGGGCCAUUUGGUAAAUGACUUGGCCAGAUUGCAUCGCCGGACUAGGCUGAGCUGGUGGUCCACUUUGUUCCUCUGGCUGAAGCUGCUGCUUUCCCUCUACGAUCUCCUGUGCAGCGUGCCGUUCCUCAAAGGAGCAGGUGCUCGUCUGCCCUGGUCCCAACUGGUGGCCUAUGGAGUGCAGCUCUACUUUCAGCACGUGGCCAGUGUCUAUGGCAACGGAGUUUUCGGCGGAACACUUCUAAUGCUGGAGUGCUACGCCCACUUGGAGCGCGAGGAACCCAACCUGGCUAGACUUCUGAAGAAGGAAGCCAGUUGGUGGAGACUCACCCGCAGAUUCGUGAAGGUCUUUCAGCUGGGCAUAUUCCUGCUGGUCUUCGGCAGCUUCGUCAACAUCAUGGUCAACAUCUACGCAUUCAUGUCCUACUACGUAUCGCUGCACGGCGUUCCACUGACCAUAUCCAACAACUGCCUCGUCCUGGCCAUCCAACUAUUUGCAGUCAUUUUAGCCGCUCAUUUCUGCCAGCUGAAGUCGGCCAAAUUGAGAACAACCUGUUUGCAACUGCAAUAUGUGCCCGAAGGAUUGACCCAGGAGCAGGCCAUGGCUUCGACUCCAUUUCCCUUGCUCUCGCCCACUGGCAAUGCCAAGUUUCGAAUUUUGGGCGUCUUCAUCUUGGACAACUCGUUCUGGCUUUUCUUGGUCUCGUAUGCCAUGAACUUCAUCGUGGUUAUCCUGCAGACCAGCUUUGAGCACAUAAAUCAUGGCGAAAUCUGACAGCAAAAUUUUGGGAUCUCACUUUUCAGCUCAUCUACAGU